CAUAGUUGUAGCAAAUAACUGGGACUGGAAGGAGUCCUGGGAAUACAAGGCUGAGCACAUGGAAAAUGCUCAGCGGCUAUGUUUCUUGAGAAAACGCCCAGGAACAAGAAGCACGGUUUGUCCCUGCCCUCGGCCCGUCGGUCCUGGCACGAGAAGGCACUAGAGAGCUGAAGAAUCGAAACACUCGCAGUGAUGGCAUUUAUGACAGACAGUGAGCCGUAGCCUGUUGGACUGCGGUGGGGUUCUGAGUUUUCAAGUUGUGACUGGUAGAGCCCUCUGGCUUUCCUCGGGUAUUCAAGCGGGCGAGGCUACAGGGCGGCCCGGAUCCCCAGCGUGGAGUCAGCGUGCGCAGCUCUCCUCUGCCGGAGUCCUGCAGCUGGGUUGCUCUGGCUGAGGACCAGGAGUCUAGACUGUCUUGGACAGGAGAGAUGAGGGACCUGGAGGAGCGUGGAGCCAGGGCGAAAGCGGCAGACCCGCCUGCGCACACGCUCAGCCAAUCAAGAGCUCACUUCCGGCUUUCCCCUGGAAAGCCGUCCGUCCGCGGGUCCUCUCUCUCUCUCCCGUUUCUCGUUUCCCUCCGGCGGGUGCGUGCGAAGGACAACUUCCGCUUCCGGCGUCGUGCUUGCGGGCCGGAGCAGUUGCGGCUGUGAGGUUGGGCGAUUCAGCGAGCCCCGUAGGUACGGGCCGUCAGUCUGGUUCCCAGUGAGGUCGGUGCUCAAGCCUCCGACAGGCUGCUCCCAAGGCCCGCGUCUGGACUGGAAGGUUAAGACUUAUUUAUAGUUGAUAAACAGCCACCAUGGAGGCCAAGGAUCACAAGAAACACAGAAAGAAGCACAGUGGGCCUAAAGCUGAGAAGAAAAAGAAACGGUACCUGCAGGAUCUCCAGCUCGGAGAUGAAGAGGAUGCUCGGAAGAGAAACCCUAAAGCUUUUGCAGUCCAGUCUGCUGUGCGGAUGGCUCGCUCCUUUCACAGGACUCAGGAUUUAAAGACAAAAAAGCAUCACAUUCCGGUGGUUGACCGGACUCCACUAGAACCUCCACCAAUAGUGGUAGUGGUGAUGGGGCCUCCAAAAGUUGGAAAGAGCACUUUGAUACGGUGCCUCAUUCGGAAUUUUACCAGACAGAAGUUGACUGAGAUCAGAGGCCCUGUGACAAUUGUGUCAGGUAAAAAGCGCAGACUUACCAUUAUUGAGUGUGGGUGUGACAUCAAUGUGAUGAUUGAUCUGGCAAAAGUAGCAGAUCUGGUGCUAAUGCUUAUAGAUGCCAGCUUCGGGGUUGUUGAAAUGGAGACAUUUGAGUUUCUAAACAUCUGUCAAGUACAUGGCUUCCCUAAAAUCAUGGGCGUUCUUACCCAUCUAGACUCCUUCAAGCAUAACAAGCAACUCAAGAAGACCAAGAAGCGGUUAAAGCAUAGGUUCUGGACAGAAGUCUACCCGGGUGCCAAGCUGUUCUACCUUUCUGGAAUGGUACAUGGAGAAUAUCAGAACCAAGAGAUUCAUAACCUGGGCCGAUUUAUCACAGUUAUGAAGUUUAGGCCUCUCACGUGGCAAACUUCUCAUCCUUACAUCCUGGCAGACAGGAUGGAAGAUUUGACAAACCCUGAGGACAUCCGCACAAACAUCAAGUGUGACCGAAAGGUGUCUCUUUAUGGUUAUUUACGAGGGGCCUACCUGAAAAAUAACAGCCAGAUUCACAUGCCAGGUGUAGGGGAUUUUGCUGUCAGUGAUGUCAGUUUUCUCCCGGACCCCUGUGCUCUCCCGGAACAGCAAAAGAAGCGCUGUUUGAAUGAGAAGGAGAAGCUGGUCUAUGCGCCUCUCUCUGGAGUUGGGGGUGUGCUCUAUGACAAAGAUGCUGUCUACGUCGACCUUGGUGGUAGCCAUGGCUUUCAGGCAAUGGAGGAACCAGGCCCUACACAUGAACUGGUCCAGAGUCUCAUCUCCACCCAUGCCAGUAUUGAUGCCAAGAUGGCUUCAAGCAGAGUGACACUUUUUUCUGAUUCCAAACCGCUGGGGUCAGAAGAUAUAGAUAAUCAAGGGCUGUGGAUGCCGAAAGAGGAAAAGCAGCUGGAUGUGAAGACUGGUCGAGUGCGUCGGAAAGCCGUUUUUGGAGACACAGAAGAUGAGUCUGGAGAUGAAGACAGUGAAGAUGAUGAAGAAAUGUCUGAAGGUGACAGAACAGAAAGUGGCUCCAGUGAUGAGGAAGAGGAAGAGGAAGAGGAAGGUGCUAAAGCCACCAGCUGUAAAUACGUGUCGGGCAGGGGAAGCAAGCGACCAAAACUUGCGGAGCAGGAAGAAGACAGUGAGGCAGACCUGCCAGCGUUUGCUGAUAGCGACGACGAUCUUGAGAGGAGCCCUGGGGAAGAGGAGGCGGCAGAGGAAGCAGACGAAAGCAGCGAAGAUGGCGGCGACUCUGCCGCAGGAGACAGAGACAUCGGGGACUCCAAGUCUGCUGGAGGAGAGAGUGGGGCAAGGUUGUCAGCAGCUCGUGAGUGGAGGGACCGUCUGGAUGCAGAGAAGCCUUCCCCAGUGAGAAAAGCGGCCCUCACCACUUCUGAUUCUGGCCAUUGUACAGCCGAAGAGGCAUUCCCAUCUGAAGAGGAGUCUGGAGACUCGGAGCUCAGUUCGGAUGAAGACUCGGAGCACAAAGGGCUUGUCAGGGGAAAGCUUGCAAGUCCUCAGGGGGGCAGUGGACAGAAACUCGAGUCAGAGAACAUGGUUGAUGAGACCAGUGACAUUGAAAUUUUACUCAAAGAGGAAGAAGAGCACAAGGAAGAGAAUAGCAGCUCCAUAGAAACGUCAGGUGCCCUCAAGUGGAAGGAAGACCUUUCCAGGAAGGCAGCAGAGGCCUUUCUGAGGCAGCAACCAGCAGCUCCAAAUCUUCGAAAGCUGAUUUACGGGACAGUGACAGAGGAUAAUGAAGACGAAGAUGGAGACACCCUAGAAGAGCUUGGAGGGCUGUUCCGUGUCAGCCAGCCGGACAGAGGGUGUAAGCACAAGGCUGACUCUCUAGACUGCUCUAGAUUUCUUGUGGAGGCGCCUCAUGAUUGGGAUUUAGAGGAGGUUAUGAACAGUAUCAGAGAUUGCUUUGUGACGGGGAAGUGGGAAGACGAGAAAGAUGCAGCCAAGAUCUUAGCAGAAGACGAGGAGCUCUAUGGUGACUUUGAAGACCUAGAAACGGGGGACGUGCACAAGGGACAACCGGGCCCGGAUACUCAGAUUGAAGACACAGAAGAAGACGUUAAGGAAGAAACUGACCCAACUGAGGAGGAAAGUGCUAAGAAAAAGCAUCUGAGUAAGAAGAGAAAGUUGAAGGAGCUGUUUGACGCGGAGUAUGACGGAGGAGAAAGCACGUAUUUCGAUGAUCUUAAGGGUGAGAUGCAGAGGCAAGCGCAGCUUAACCAUGCUGAAUUUGAAGAUCAAGAAGAUGAAACCAGAGUUCAGUAUGAGGGUUUUCGACCUGGAAUGUAUGUCCGAAUUGAGAUUGAAAACAUCCCCUGUGAAUUCGUGCAGAACUUUGACCCACACUACCCGAUUAUUCUGGGUGGUUUGGGCAAUAGUGAGGGCACUGUGGGAUAUGUACAGAUGCGCCUCAAGAAACAUCGUUGGUAUAAGAAAAUCCUCAAGUCUCGAGACCCAAUUAUUUUUUCUGUAGGAUGGAGGAGGUUUCAGACAAUCCCACUGUACUAUAUUGAAGACCACAAUGGCAGACAGAGGCUUCUAAAGUACACCCCACAGCACAUGCAUUGUGGAGCAACUUUUUGGGGUCCUAUCACCCCACAAGGAACUGGAUUUUUGGCGAUACAGUCUGUCAGUGGUGUGAUGCCUGAAUUUCGGAUUGCUGCCACUGGAGUUGUCCUUGACCUGGAUAAAUCCAUAAAAAUUGUGAAGAAAUUAAAACUAACUGGUUUUCCUUAUAAAAUAUUCAAGAAUACUUCAUUUAUUAAGGGGAUGUUUAAUUCUGCCUUGGAAGUAGCCAAAUUUGAAGGUGCUGUCAUUCGAACUGUCAGUGGCAUAAGGGGACAGAUCAAGAAAGCACUCCGGGCUCCAGAAGGAGCAUUCCGGGCCAGCUUUGAAGACAAGUUGCUAAUGAGUGAUAUUGUUUUCAUGCGAACUUGGUAUCCUGUCUCCAUCCCGGCCUUCUAUAACCCUGUAACAUCUUUGUUGAAACCAGUGGGUGAGAAAGACACCUGGUCAGGAAUGCGGACAACGCAUCAGCUGAGGCUUGCCCAUGGCAUCAAACUAAAGCCAAACAAGGACUCGUUGUACAAGCCAAUCCUGAGACAAAAGAAACAUUUUAAUUCACUGCACAUUCCGAAAGCCUUGCAGAAAGCUCUGCCAUUUAAGAACAAGCCCAAGAUCCAAGCAAAGGCCGGCAGAGUACCAAAGGACAGGCAGAGACCGGCUGUCAUACGUGAACCUCAUGAGAGGAAGGUCCUGGCUCUGCUCGAUGCUCUGAGCACAAUACACAGUCAGAAAAUGAAAAAGGCCAAAGAGCAGAGACACCUGCACAACAAGGAGCAUGUGAAGAUGAAGCAGAAGGAGGAAGAGGAGAAGCUGAGGCGGCAGAAGGACCUGAGGAAGAAGCUCUUCCGGAUCCAGGGUCAGAAGCAGAAACGAAGUCAGAAGUCCAGUCUGAGAGGAGCCGAGGAGAGCUGAAGUGUCUCCAGAACGGAGGGGCUGUCCUCUAGAGCUGCAGCCAUGGUGCUUCAGUGCUUAUGACAAGUCAGGGUGAGAGCCCGAGGAGACUGUGCCUUGAGGAGGACUGUAGAGCCUGCUGGAGGGAUGUGUGCUUGUGAAACAGGUCACAGCAGGGUCUGUGAAUUAGCUCAUUGCUUCUCCCUGUCUCGGUUUAUUUUGUGCUAUAAAAUUAUUAAACUAUUUUCCCAUUAA